UAAAACAAUUUAAUGCAAAGUCAAACUCUUGUCGUUGGAGUGAGGGUAGUCGCUAACUUGACUUGCGGAGAACCUAUUACAAACACUAAGGAGGCAACCGUUAACUUAUCCCGUUAACUUAUUAGUAUUCCUCCACAUUCCGUUCACGUCUCUUCCAAGAAUCUAUAUCUCUACAUUAACCAAUCCCCACACACCAUUUCCCCAUCACCCACAAUUCCACAAACAUCAAAUCAAAUGGAUCCUUCUCAUCCCUCCGCCUCCAACUCAUCACCGCCACCACCGCCACCGCCACCACCAACGGAAUACCCACCGGAACCCCUCACCGAACGCGUCCUCCGCGCACUCGAACACCGCCUCCGUCUCCUGCACCGCUCCAACUCCGACUUCUUUGUCUUGGGUGCCACCGGAAACGUCUACACGGUGAACCUCUCCCCGGCCCCAACUUGCUCGUGCCCCGACCGCACCACCCCUUGCAAACACAUCCUCUUUGUCUACAUCCGCGUCCUCUCUGUCUCCCUAGACGACCCCUGCCUAUGGGGCACCACCCUCCGCCCGAACCAGCUCACCCGUCUCCUCUCAGCUCCUGUCUCAUUCGAUGCCGUUGCGGGUGUCGCCAUCCGGCAACGCUUCCAGGAGAUGUAUCUCCAGCGUGCCGCCACCCACCCGGACGGGAAGGUGCCCCCGGUUCGGGCAGAGGAAGGGGCCGCGUGCCCCGUGUGUCUAGAGGAGAUGGGGAGGGAGGAUCGGAAACUGGUGGCGUGUGCCACGUGUAAGAAUCCGAUUCAUGAAGACUGUUUGUUGGCUUGGAAGAGGAGUAGUAGGAGAAGGUCUACAAGUUGUGUGAUAUGUAGAGCACGGUGGAGAGACCGAGCUGAACAGGAAAAGUAUAUUAACCUCUCGGCUUAUGUUACCCAAGAUGAAGAAAACAUUCUUCAUGAUCAACAUGCUGGUGCUCAAGAUGACUGUGAGCUGAAUGUAAAUUAAUAGAGGUAGUAGUUCCAGUUUCUUGUUUCAUGGGAAUUAAUUAAUAUUAAUAUUCAUUUAAUUGAAAUGUAAAUUUGAACAUCUAUUGUUUCUUAUGUAAAUAAAUAUGAGUGAUCAAACAAUUCAUGAA